AUGGUUAGAAUUCAUUUUCUUUAUUAUUAUCCUUAUUACUAUUAUUAGUAUUAUAAGGUACAAAUUCAUUAUGCUUGGGAUGUUUUGGAGGCUAUGUUCCGUCUGUCUACAUUCUGCAGCAAUAGCGUUUUUGGCUUUUGUUGUUGUUAAAUUAUAUUAUUUUUUAUCUUUAUUUUAAGUUGAUUGAAAGUAACAAGAAAUCUCACUACGCCAAGAUAAUGUGGACUAUGUGGCAACCUGCAAUCCUGCAUCCAUAAGUUGUAAAGUUGUAAUACUAUGUAAUUGCUCACCAGCACGAGUACCACAGGAAGACAUAACUGCUUUUCAACCUUAUUUCAUUUGCUUGGAAGUAUGAGUUGUAUCUAGUAUUUGUUGAUAGUUAAUAGUUAUUGAUGGAUUAAGAUAUUAUUUAUUAGAAUAGUAUAUUAAGAUACAAGUUUUGCAUGAGAAAAUAGCGAAUUAUCAGAGAAGCAAGUUGCUAUUCUUCCUGAUGACCUAAGCCAUCUCAUUGUCUCCAAUCAACCGAAUGUCCCCCACACUGUCCUUUGCCCUUCCAUAUUCACAUUCUCUUCAAUGGUUCCCACAACCAUCUCAUCACUUUGCUGUUGCUGAUAUCUAUUUUGCAGGGUCUUCUCCCAUCUAAAAUUGAAUCCCCCUUACCUGCUCCAGUUCGUUCCCAUUUCUGCACUUGGUCUCCUUUUCUUCUUUCAUUAAUAAACCUUAGAUUCUCUCCAUCAGCCUAUAAUCUUGCAGCCUGUUAGGGACGUGUAUUAUGGGGUGCCCAAAGUCCGCAUCAAGUAGUCUGGGAUGUUUGAUAUUGUAUUUAAGGAGACUGAUUCUUUCUCCUUAAUACUAGCUUUUAAGGUGUGGUUCCUCGUUUUCCUUAGGUGGAUUUCAGUGGUUACUCACAUGGAGCGUCUAGCAUCUCUGAAUUCACAAUUGUACCUAGCAGCAAUAUGCGUGGCUUCUGCAAGCCAGUUUCUGGAGUCCUUGAAGGUCCCAAGUUUUCAUCAAAAUCUGUUAUUCGAGAAGCUGAAAACUUCCUCCUUGAUGCUGUUAACAUGAGUUUCUUUGAGCGAUUAAAUUUAGCUUGGAAGAUAGUUUUCCCAUCAUCAGUAUCUAGAAAAAGUUCGAAUGCUAGAAUUGCCAAGCAACGCUUGAAGAUGAUCUUGUUCUCUGAUCGAUGUGAAGUAAGUGACGUGGCAAAGCUAAAAAUUGUUAACAACAUUGUGCGUGCUCUAGAUUUUGUGGAAAUAGAGUCACAGGACAAAGUUCAGCUGAGUGUCUCUUCUGAUACAGAUAUUGGAACUAUUUACUCUGUCACUGUUCCUGUGCGGCGUGUUAAGCCAGAAUAUCAAGAUAUGGAUGAAGUUGGGACAAUAACAAAUAUUGAGUUUAAGGAAACCGGAGACAGUUCUGGUUCUUCUCUCGAUGUUAGAUUUGAUUUCUUUGUUCCGGAUGAAAGGUCUUGAGGGUUGAUUUCUUUGUCAAGAGCUUAUGGCUUUGAAUCCUCUAGCAGCGAAACCACUUCGAAGUUCUGUAUAUAUUUAUUUGAUUGUUGACAAUUGCUGUAGCGUGUCUGAAGCAUUUGUUGAGAAAUUUUGUGCCUCCUCUGUUACUGUUAGUUUAUCUUGAUUAUUUUGUUGUAGUUAAUGUUAUGUUUUCUGUACUUAACAUAGAUAAUAGGGUUUUCUUAC